AUGGAUGGGAACCCAAGUCGGCGGCUCGAGAAGGUCGGGCUUUAUCAAGUAGGAAGAGCGAUUGGCCGUGGAAAUUUCGCUACCGUCCGAUUAGCAAGACAUGACAUCGCUAAGACGAAGGUAGCAAUGAAAAUCGUGGAUCUGGCAGCACUUGACGAAGAGAAUUUAAUACGUCUCGAACGAGAAGUGCAAAUCUUGACACGUGUUAAUCAUCCCCAUAUAGUGAAACUUUAUGAGAUAAUUCGGACCGAAUCAUCAGUAUAUAUAGUAACUCAGUACUAUAGUGGUGGAGAGCUUUUCGAAGUUUUAAUCGGGCGUGGUAGAACAGCUGAAGAUGAGGCUCGACGAUGGUUUGGACAAAUCUCGUCGGCUGUUGCAUAUUUACACCAUAAAGGCAUUGUUCAUCGAGACUUGAAGGCUGAGAAUAUCCUUUUGGAUAAGAAUAACAAUGUUAAAAUAAUUGAUUUCGGAUUUUCUAACAUGCAGGCGCCUUCACAGUUGCUGCGGACAUGGUGUGGAUCACCUCCGUACGCAGCACCGGAACUUCUGCUAGGCAAGGAAUAUGAUGGGCUCAAGGCUGAUAUGUGGUCUCUUGGUGUGAUUCUGUAUAUUCUUGUUACCGGUGGCUUUCCAUUUCCGGGUAACAAUGUCGAAAAUCUGAAACGAGCAGUGUUGUCGUGUCAGAUGAAAAUUCCUUACUGGGUUUCUGUUGAAUGUGCCGAUCUGAUCAAGAAGAUGCUGGUGUUCAAUCCAUUUAAGCGGUGGGGCAUCAGUGCUGUUAUGCAGCACAGGUACGUUGUUAUCGUUUGGCACAUGUUGGCAUCGGCCACAUGUCUUUCGGAACGACGUUCGCUUAAACUAAACCCGACGAUCCUAUUGUUUAUGCAGCAGCAUGGACGAUGGUCAGAGGAGCAGAUUGUCGAUGACGUUCUGAAGCACAACUUUGAGAGUUCUAUUUUUGCCACAUAUGAGUUGUUGUGCGACAAACUAGGGAAAAAUUCGUUUGAAGGUGGCCCAAACGACUAUCCACGACGAGGAUCACGUGGUUCUAUUCUUAGUGGAAAAGCAAAUGUUGAAAUGGAGCCGUCGGCAACACCGAUCUCUGCCCAUCAUCUGGCUCAACUGAAUUUAUCGCUAUCAAAUGCAUGUUUUAUGUCUUUAGUGUCUUUCUCUGUUUCUAAAAAAUCUAUGAAUAUUAAAUAUGUAACGGAAAAAUCGUAUUCGAGGCGACAUACGUUGUGUGCGAUUCGUAAUCAUUCAGUGUUGAAAUUCGCGGUCCUCAAUCACUCUGCUCUUACUUAUUUGACAACAAAUCCAGUAACUUCUCAGUUCCCUCAGUUUCCUGGUUUAUCGCUUUUGCCAAUUCUGGAUUGUAAACGAAUGUUGCCUGUUCCAAACAGUGAACGGCGUGCUUCCGCGGGUGAGAAUCUCUUGAAUCCGGAUACCACGGAAAAUUUCAGUUGCCUUGUUCAGUCUUCUCCAACGGGUAAUUUGGUUAGGAGUGUUGAGGAGGAAGGUGAGGGAUAUCUAAGGAAGCAUGCCGGAAAAAGGAACACUGUACAUAGUGCCUCAUCACCAUUCGGAUCUUCUUCGCCAGUACCACGACAUAGUCCAUAUACGAAGGCGUCAUCAACGGAAAGACGAAGCAGUUGGGCUUCAUCGGCGAUUACCAUACAUCAGCAUCAACAACUGGAACGAAUGUAUAGGCAGGCGGUAUCGAAUCCGGCACUGCAAAAGGAAUUUCAAAGGCUCGGUCAAAUUGCCGCUCAAAGCUGCAGUCCAACGUUUCCAUUUGGAUGUCCUCGAAUUUCAAUAACAGAUGAGCAUAACCGUAGUUUGGCUGCAGGAUCGAGCUCAUUUGAUCCGGUUAGCAUUUUUGAGCAGAAGGUGAACGAGGUAGUGUUUGGUCAACGACCGGCAACCGUUAUCGGAUUUGCCUCGAUAUCCAAAUCUGGGACCUCAUCUCCUGAAGAAAGUAUGGAUGACCGGGUUAAAAGUUUCGUUUCUUCUCUCCCACUUGUUGAAGUGGUCUAUGAGUUGAAAAAUUGCUUAAACGAAAUGCAGAUUCAAUUUGAAGAAACCAAUGAAGUUGUGUAUAUGGACCAAGAAAUGCGCCGUUUAUCGCUUUCAACCGGCAUUGAAAUCGGUUGUGCUACGUUACCUGUGGAACAGAAGUCUUACAUUGAAUUCGCAAUCAUUACGAGCAAUUCGGCGAGUAGUGAACUACUUUGUGAUCAACUUAUCUCUCGGCUGAAACUUUUGGAUCCACUGGCAUCGUCUGAAUAG